GCUCCGUGGCGGCAGCGGCGGCGACGGCGGCUUCAUUCCCCCUCCUCCCCCGGGAGCGGCGGCGGCGGCUGGGCUGGGGCCCCAGCGCGGGCCGGGAGGGGGCACGUCAGUGGCCGCCGAGGCUAGCGCGGGAGGAGGCCGCGCUUCGCUCCCCCGGCCGAACCGACUGCUCGACUGCCGGCCCGCCCGCGCCCAGGGGCCCCCGAACGGUGGGGCCGGGCCAGCGGCUGAGGCCUGUCUCGUUGGUUCUCAGGUGCCAUGAGGAAGCUUCGCCGGAAAUCGCGGCAGAAUGCCGAGGGCCGGCGCUCCCCAUCCCCCUAUAGUCUGAAGUGCUCACCCACUCGGGAGACCCUGACAUAUGCCCAGGCCCAGCGGAUUGUCGAGGUGGACAUCGAUGGACGUCUGCACCGUAUUAGCAUCUAUGACCCACUCAAGAUCAUCACAGAGGAUGAGUUGACCGCCCAGGAUAUCACUGAAUGCAACAGUAACAAGGAAAACAGUGAGCAGCCUCAGUUCCCUGGUAAGUCCAAAAAACCCUCAUCCAAGGGCAAGAAGAAGGAGUCCUGCUCCAAGUAUGCAUCUGGCACUUCUUUUCACCUCCCGCAACCCAGCUUCCGUGUGGUGGACUCAGGCAGUCAGCCAGAGGCUCCCCCCCUGCCUGCUGCUUACUAUCGCUACAUCGAGAAGCCGCCUGAAGACCUGGAUGCAGAGGUUGAGUACGACAUGGAUGAGGAGGACCUGGCCUGGCUGGACAUGGUGAACGAGAAGCGGCGGGUAGAUGGGCACGGUUUGGUGUCAGCAGACACCUUUGAGCUGCUGGUGGACCGGCUUGAGAAGGAGUCGUACUUGGAGAGUCGUAGCAAUGGAGCCCAGCAGUCGCUCAUUGACGAAGAUGCUUUCUGCUGCGUGUGCCUGGAUGACGAAUGCCACAACAGCAACGUCAUUCUCUUCUGUGACAUCUGCAACCUGGCUGUACACCAGGAGUGCUAUGGUGUCCCCUACAUCCCUGAGGGUCAGUGGUUGUGCCGCUGCUGCUUGCAGUCUCCUUCCCGGCCUGUGGAUUGCGUCCUCUGUCCCAAUAAGGGUGGCGCCUUCAAACAGACCAGCGAUGGGCACUGGGCCCACGUUGUGUGUGCCAUCUGGAUCCCUGAAGUCUGCUUUGCUAACACCGUGUUCCUGGAGCCCAUUGAGGGCAUUGACAACAUCCCCCCUGCCCGCUGGAAACUAACCUGCUAUAUCUGCAAGCAGAAGGGGCUGGGCGCAGCCAUCCAGUGCCAUAAAGUGAACUGCUACACGGCCUUCCAUGUGACAUGUGCACAGCGGGCUGGGCUCUUCAUGAAGAUUGAGCCUAUGCGUGAGACCAGCCUCAAUGGCACCAUCUUCACAGUGCGCAAGACCGCCUACUGUGAGGCCCACUCGCCGCCAGGUGCUGCCACUGCUAGGAGGAAGGGUGACUCCCCUGGAAGCCUCAGUGAGGGUGGGGAGGAGGAAGGACUGAAGGAGGGCUGUGGGGAGGAGGAAGAGAAGGAAGAGGUGGAAGAGGAAGAGGAAGAUGAAGGCCAAGGUGGGGUAGGCGGCUCCCUCAAGGGUGUGUCCAAGAAGAACAAGAUGACUUCAAAGCAAAGGAUCAAGAAGGAGCCAGAGGAAGUGGGCCGAGACACACCUUCUACUGUCCCCAUGGUCACUGUCCCACAGAUACCCUCUUACAGGUUGAACAAGAUCUGUAGUGGUCUCUCCUUUCAGAGGAAAAACCAGUUCAUGCAGCGGCUUCACAACUACUGGCUGUUGAAGCGGCAGGCACGGAACGGUGUCCCCCUCAUCCGGCGCCUGCACUCCCACCUGCAGUCCCAAAGGAAUGCUGAGCAGCGAGAGCAGGACGAGAAGACAAGUGCGGUGAAGGAAGAGCUGAAAUACUGGCAGAAGCUCCGGCAUGACCUGGAGCGGGCACGGCUGCUAAUUGAGCUGAUUCGGAAACGAGAGAAGCUCAAACGGGAGCAGGUCAAGCUCCAGCAGGCUGCCAUGGAGCUAGAGCUGAUGCCAUUCAAUGUUCUGCUGAGGACAACACUGGACUUGCUGCAAGAGAAGGAUCCCGCACACAUCUUUGCUGAACCUGUCAACCUGAGUGAGGUUCCAGAUUACCUGGAAUUCAUAUCCAAGCCAAUGGAUUUUUCUACCAUGAGGCGGAAGCUGGAGUCCCACCUGUACCGCACCUUGGAGGAGUUUGAGGAGGACUUUAACCUUAUAGUUACCAACUGCAUGAAGUAUAAUGCUAAAGACACAAUUUUCCACCGAGCAGCUGUCCGCCUGCGGGACCUGGGAGGGGCCAUCCUGCGGCACGCCCGGCGGCAGGCAGAGAACAUCGGCUAUGACCCCGAGAGGGGCACCCACCUGCCCGAGUCACCCAAACUGGAGGACUUUUACCGCUUCUCCUGGGAAGACGUGGACAACAUCCUCGUCCCAGAGAACCGGGCCCACUUGUCCCCGGAGGUGCAGCUGAAGGAGCUGCUGGAGAAACUGGACCUGGUGAGUGCCAUGCGGUCCAGUGGGGCCCGGACCCGCCGUGUCCGCCUGCUGCGCCGGGAGAUCAAUGCCCUUCGACAGAAGCUGGCACAGCCACCGCCGCCACCACCACCGCAGCCACCAUCACUGAACAAGACUGUGUCCAACGGGGAGCUUCCAGCAGGGCCUCAGGGGGAUAUGGCUGUGCUGGAGCAGGCCCCGCAGGAGGAGCCAGAAGAUGAUGGGGACAGAGAUGAUUCUAAACUGCCUCCCCCGCCAACUCUGGAGCCCACAGGGCCUGCACCUUCCUUGUCUGAGCAAGAAUCCCCUCCGGAUCCCCCCACUCUGAAACCUAUCAGUGAUAGCAAACCUUCAAGCCGAUUCCUAAAGCCCAGAAAAGUGGAAGAAGAUGAGCUUUUGGAAAAAUCACCUCUGCAGCUAGGGAGCAUGCCCUUGCAACGCCUGCUAAGUGACAAUGGCAUCAAUAGGGUAUCCCUCAUGGCCCCCGACACGUCCCCUGCUGGUGCCCCACUCAGUGGCGUGGGUCGCCGCACAUCAGUCCUCUUCAGGAAGGCCAAGAAUGGGGUUAAGCUUCAGAGGAGCCCAGAUGGGGCCCUGGAGAACGGCGAGGACCACGGUGCAGUGGGCUCUCCGGACUCCCCUGCCAGCAUUGAGGAUGAACGGCAUUCCCGGAAGCGGCCCAGGAGCAGGAGCUGUAGUGAGAGCGAAGGGGAGAGGUCCCCCCAGCAGGAGGAAGAGACAGGCGUGACCAACGGCUUUGGAAAACACACCGAAAGCGGGUCUGACUCAGAAUGUAGUUUGGGUCUCAGUGGUGGACUGGCAUUUGAAGCUUGCAGUGGUCUGACACCCCCCAAACGCAGCCGAGGGAAGCCAGCCCUGUCUCGAGUGCCCUUCCUGGAAGGUGUGAAUGGAGACUCUGACUACAAUGGCUCAGGCAGAAGUCUCCUGAUGCCCUUUGAAGACCGCGGAGAUCUGGAGCCCCUGGAGCUGGUGUGGGCCAAGUGCCGAGGUUAUCCCUCCUACCCCGCCUUGAUCAUCGACCCCAAGAUGCCCCGGGAGGGCCUCCUGCACAAUGGUGUCCCCAUUCCUGUUCCCCCACUGGAUGUGCUGAAGCUGGGAGAGCAGAAGCAGGCCGAGGCUGGAGAGAAGCUCUUCCUUGUCCUCUUCUUUGACAACAAGCGCACCUGGCAGUGGCUUCCGAGGGACAAAGUCCUGCCCCUGGGUGUGGAAGACACUGUGGACAAGCUCAAGAUGCUGGAAGGCCGCAAGACCAGCAUCCGCAAGUCAGUGCAGGUGGCCUAUGACCGCGCGAUGAUCCACCUCAGCCGAGUGCGGGGGCCCCACUCCUUUGUCACCUCCAGCUACCUGUAAGGGCGGGGCCUGGCCUGCAUCUGUUUGCCCUGCCUCCGUUCCACGGGGCACAGGAAGCCUGUUCCUGCCCCAGCCAGACAAAUGGCUGGCAGCUUCCCCUCCCAUGGCAGGCCGGGGACCGGGCUGUGUCCUCCCCAAGAGCAAGGCCCUAGUUUUGACCAACUGCAUGGUUCCCUCGGUGGGCCUGCUGUGUGCCAAAACCUCCCACCUGAGCUCCUCCGGGGCCAUUCUGCUGAUGACUAGUUAGGAGCAGAAGCAGCUGUGAGGCUUGGGCCCAGCUGAGGGAUAGACCUGGCCCAGUGGCGAGAGGUCCCGGGCUCUUUCUCACGGGUGUGCUGGCCCCUCCACUCCACUCCCAACUAACUACACCUCAGGGCGAGCGAGGCUCUGACACGACCCCAGAGGUGCUGUGCAUCCCUAGGGCUGCGCAGGGAACCUCUUGGAGCCUACCUUCUCUCUCCCUCCGUCACCCAUCCUCAUUCCUCUUCCCUGUCCCAUCUUCACCUCUGCCCAGUCUCUCUUCUUCCCGUGUUCCUUUCCCUACUUUCUCUUGUGCCAAACUGACAGAAACCAUCACCAGACUGAUCUUUUUCUUUUUAUGUCUCAUUCCCUUUGAGGCCAGCUGUUAGGUGGGUCCCUCAACCUGGCCCCUGGGGGCCCGGGACAGAGACCAGCCCACCCCUUGGGUGACCCCCUCACCAGCACACCCACACCCCUUCAUAUCUGCUGUAGACAACAGCUGAGGCCAAGCUGCAAGAGCUUGCCCCUUGGGUUCGAGGCAGGGCCCCUCCUGCCCGCUUCCAUCUUGCCAGGAGGCAGGCUCCUGUCAGCAGCCCAGGCUGGGGUGUGCAUGUCCAUCGGUCUCCUUGGGUUCUGGGGCUUGUUGGGGUGAAGCUGGUGCCCUUUGGCUGGGUCUGCCCUCUCACCCCUCCUACCCUCUCCUUGUGGGCUUUUCCUUUUCUGCAGCGGCAGCCUCUUGCCUCUGCUCCACAUGGAUGGCACGGUGCCUGCACUCCAGCACCUUCUGUCUUGCGCCUUGCUCCCCCCAGCCUCUGCUGCUCCGAACUCCAGGGAACGCAGCACUUUUAUUUCAGACCCUCAGUCUCCUUCCCUCUUUUCCUUCAACCCCCUCACCACCUUUACCUUCUCAGAAACAGAAGGGAAGAAAAAAACUGUGAAAUGGGGAAUGCUGACUGACAAACCAACACAACUUUCAGAGGCUUCGAUGUCUGUUCUCUGGAUGUUCCUUUCACCUCUUAAGCACCAAAGUCGCAGGGCCAGGUUGCAGGCCACUGAUCGCCAUGUUGAUUUUUAACCUGAUGUUCUUUUUAAUUGUUUUAAAUUUUUCGUAGGGGAGUUUUGGACAAAACGAAGUCACUGGGGAGAUCACUGCCAUUUUUACAUACUUGACUUUUUAAAAAUACAACCAACCAACCGCCACGACUUCUUGUACAUUUGGGACAUGAGCCAGAGUUUACAAGGGAACCAACAAAACUCUCUAUAACAUAAAGGAUGGGGUUUUGGAUUUUGUACAAUAAUAAAACUACAAUGCAGCCUAUGGCUAGGGAAGGACAUGAUGUAUAUAAUUGUAAAAUACUGUUCUAAAUUAUUCAGGCCUAUAGUUUCCAUUACUGGAGUCCUCCAUUGUGUGGCUGAGUAUUUGACAUGCACACAGUGUGGUUUAUUUUAAGGAGCCAGUGCGCCCCCCUCUCCCCAGGUAGUUGGUUGGCUGUGGACUCUGUGACUUUCGUCUCAACCUGUGUUGUAAGAUCUCGGGGCUCUCGUGCUUUCUCUUUCUGUGUCUCUUUCUUCCCCAAUCUCUUCCUUCUUUUCUUAGUCUCUCUUUUUUUUUUCAAUCUCUUUGACUCUUUCAGUCUCUCUCUGAGUCUCAUUUUUAAAACUGCUCUUUUAGAAUGGGAAAAGGCUCAGAUCCUGCUGUGGCAUGGGGCCUAUGUGUCUCAGUCGCGUCUGCUGUGAAGCACACGAUGCUCUAUUUAUUGUAGAAAGUGACUUUAUUUGCUUUCUAGAAUUGUUUAUAACAGAUGGUAUAAGAGAGGUAAUAAACAGAGAAGAAUCUAUGCUUGUAAAGAAUACAAAAGUUAAUUUUACCUACUAUAAUAUGACUGUCUGAAACUUAUUUUCUCUCUGAGAAAUAAAUGUUCUAAUGGGCAGCA